AUGACACAAGCACAAGUGCAGCAGAAUGCUGCUCAAGAUGGGCCAAGUGCCGCUGAGACGCAAGGCAACUUCGAUCUCAUCAGGAGAGUGAUGCUAGACUAUGCACCAAACAUGAGCGUUGAGAAGUGGGUCUCGCGGGUCACCGGCUUAACCGUCAUUUGGGCCAAUUUUGAAAGUCCACUGCUCAACAGCUAUAUCACAGUGGCGUCCGAGAUCUUUAAUGACAGUGGUGUCCCACACACGCUUGAACACUUGGUAUUUCUCGGUAGUGAACAAUAUCCCUACAAAGGCGUACUCGACAGCCUGGCGAAUCGAGCUUUUGCGCAAGGGACAAAUGCUUGGACAUCAGGGACUGAGACUUGCUACACGUUGACAACGGCUGGCUCCGAUGGGUUCCUACGCAUGCUUCCCGUCUACCUCGACCAUGUCUUUUUCCCCACGCUGACCGACGCUGGCUUCGUGACCGAGGUGUACCACAUCAACGGCAAAGGCGAGGAUGCAGGCGUCGUCUUCUCGGAGAUGCAGGGCCGUGAGAACACAAGCGGCGACCUGAUGGAGCUCAAGACGCAGCGCCUGCUCUACCCGCCCAGCUCGGCGUACCGGAGCGAGACGGGCGGGCUCAUGUCAGCCCUGCGCGUGCUGUCCAUCGAAGAGAUCCGACAGUACCACCAGACGUAUUAUGCGCCUCAUAACGCUGCCCUCGUCAUCUGUGGGCCCUUGGAUCGCCAAGCGCUGCUCGACGCCGUUGCACCCGUCGAGCAGAAGCUCGUGGGUAAGCAUCUCGCUUUUGGCGUGCGUGGACCGCCCGGCUGGAAGCGCCCUUUUCUCGAGACUUCUUCAGCCGUACCGCCCACCAUCGAGGCAAUCCCAGGGAAAGCGGCAGGCGAAGAGAAUGUACAAGCAGAUGCAAGACCCAACCGCAGAGACCGGCGCACGGCUGUCGUCGAGUUUCCCGAAAAGGACGAGAGCAUGGGCGAGGUAGAGAUCACCUGGCUCGGUCCCACGAUCGACGAGUGGCUCCAGAACGAGGCAAUCAGUGUGUUGAGCACCUACCUGACCGAGAACGCUGUAUCACCCGUCCAGCAUGCCUUUGUCGAGCGCGACGACCCCUACUGCACGGACGUGUCGUUCGGCAGCGCAGACAAGGCGGGCGUCACCACGCUCUAUGCGUACUUCUCCAGCGUGCCGAUGGAGCGCUUAGACACGCUCGAUGGAGAACUGGUUGUGCUUCUUAACAAGGUUGCGGAGAAAGGGAUCGACAUGGAUCGUAUGAAGACGGUAAUCAAGCGAGAUCGAUUAAAGCUGCUUAGCCAUCUGGAGACCAAGCCUGCGGACUCUUUUGCCGAUGUCCUCAUUGCCGACUUUCUCUACGGGAAGCGUGACGGAUCCGACCUAGACAAGGCCAUGGACGACAUGCGACGUUUCGAUAUCUUAGACACGUGGACAUCGGAGCAAUGGGUAGAUGUGCUCACACGGUAUUUCGUCGACGGCGCGCGUCUGGUUGUCAUCGGCCGACCAUCGGCACUACUAGCGGACAAGCUGCGUGCAGACACGAAAGAACUGGUUGAGUCGCGCAAGAAGGAGCUUGGCGAAGCUGGCCUCCAGAAACUCGAAGAGAAGCUUGAACUUGCGAAGAAGGAGAACGAUAAGGAAUUUCCGUCCGACAUGCUCAGCCGCUUCAAGAUCCCAGGCGUAGACAGCAUCCAGUGGAUUUCAGUGGGAACUGCGAGAAACCUGCCGACAGCCAAGUCUCCAAUGCCUCCAAGCGCAAAUAUUUCCGAACUGGAUAGAAAGGUACAGGCGCAUGUCGAUGCUGACGGUGCUUCUUUGCCCUUCUUUGUGCAAUUCGAUCACGUGACCUCAGCGUUCUUGACCGUCAGCCUCAUUUUUUCGACCGCAAACCUGUCCGCGGAGCUGCGACCACACAUUACUCUUUUCCUCUCGACUCUCUUCCUCCUCCCCGUCACAAAACAGGACGGCAGUGGGCAGAAGCUUUCGUAUGAGGAGGUGAUCAAGUUACUCGACGAGGACACGCUCGAGUACGAGGCGUCGCUCGGCGUCGGCUAUGGCUUUUCGGAGAACAUCUGCAUCGACCUGAAGGUUCCAAAGGAGAACUACGAAAAUGCGAUCGCCUGGCUCCGCGACUUGGUAUGGGGCGGCGAAUUUGCCGUUGAGCGGCUGCGGGUCGCAGCGGCGAAGCUCAUUCAAUCACUGCCAGAGCAGAAACGUGACGGCCGUAGCAUCUCGGCCGCCUUGCUGAGGCAGCUGACGCGAGAUGUGUCGCGCUCAUCCAGUGCGGCUAACACUGUCAUUGAGCAAUCUCGUUCGCUUCCGGAGGUCACGCAGCUGCUGGCAGACGAGCCAGAUAAGGUGGUUGCCAUGUUUGAGCAGAUACGAUCUACGAUCUUCCGCCCGGAGAACAUGCGCGUCUCCGUUGCGGGCGACGUCCUAUCUCUCAAGGCUCCACGUGACAGCUUCAGGAAGAACUUCGUCACAGGUUGGCAGCCACAAGACACUCUUCCAGUGCAGUGGGCGCGAAACGUGCUGACGCCUAUCGGCAAGAUGCCCUUUAAAAAGGGUCUGGUCUGCUCGCUUCCUACGAUCGAGAGCUCCUACGCCUACUUUACCGCCCGCGGUAUUGAGGACUACCAACACCCGGACAAUGCGGCGGUAGUAGUUGCGGUUGCUGUGCUCAAUGCUAUGGAAUCCUACCUCUGGCGGUUCAUCCGCGGCGCAGGCUUGGCUUACGGAGCAUCCAUCAGCAGCGACCCCGAAUCGCAGCUGAUCAGCUUUUCGCUAUAUCGUUCGCCGGAUUCUGCCAAAGCUUUUCUAGAGGCGCGCAAGGUCAUUCAGGCCUUGGCGAGCGGCGAGAUGAAGCUUGACGAGACCACAGUCGAGAGCGCGAAGUCGAGCUUGCACUUCAGCGUUGCUGAUAGCGAAGGGACCGUCGGAGCGGCCGCUUCAGAAAGCUUCAUCGAUUCGGUCAUGAAGGGUACUGGCAAGAACAGAGGCAAACGGCUUCUUGAAGAGACUGGCAGUGUCACAUUGCCCGCAGUGCGCGAGGCGCUCAAGAAGUAUGUGUUGCCAAUUUUCGAUCCGGACACUUCGAUCUGCGCCAUUGCGAGCACCCCGAGUCGGACCCAGGAGAUUGCAGAUGCGCUCACUGCGGUUGGCUACGAGAUGGAGACGCAGGACCUAGACCUUGGCGACGACGGCAGCGAAGAGGGCAGCGGUAGCUACACUGGUACCUCUGGCUCUGAGUGUUCUGCUUAG